AUGUUUGCUUCUCCGGCCCGACUGGCAGGCGAGCAUGAGCAGAGGGGGCAAAACAUGAUAGAUAGACCGGCAGAUGGUCAAACCGACCAGCAGCAGCCGACGACGGGGGACUGCAUCACGACCGAAGAGGAAAAGGACUGGAGAGAAGGUCCAACUAGCGGCCCUCCCUUGCAGCAGAUAGUUCAUGCAACGUCCGUCCUCAGGAACCAGUCUUCCUUCAUUCGCAGCCUUCACGAUGACCGGCUGAACGACAACCGUCCGUGUGUCCGAAUAAUUCUCCGAUCGCACUGCGGCAAGGUGGGCACCUGCGUAGUGCUGCUCCAUCAUCCAACUGCCUCCUCGGCGGUGCGCCGCAGUGCUAUGGCAGUACUAGAUAGAAGCCGAGCCUCUGUUCAUCCGUCAGAACUCAGAAGAACCGAUCUUUGUGGCCCACCUAGGAGACUACUCACAUGCCCCGUCGGCCCUUCGGUUCCGUCCGAUCGCGGCCAGAAGACAGGUGGAUGGAUGAAUCGAUCUACGGACAGACGGAUGGACUUGCGACAGGUCCCAGCACCCAGUCGGCGUCUAUUCCUUCCACCCAUCGCGGAUGUCUACGGGUCAAAUCAAUCGCAAUCGCAACUGCAGGCUCGAUCUAUCCAGUCGGCUUUUACGUAG